AUGUGGGUGGUUCCCCUCUAAUCAGGGACUGAGUUAGCCCUGGGACACCAUGUGGGUGGUUCCCCUCUAAUCAGGGACUGAGUUAGCCCUGGACACCAUGUGGGUGGUUCCCCUCUAAUCAGGGACUGAGUUAGCCCUGGGACACCAUGUGGGUGGUUCCCCUCUAAUCAGGGACUGAGUUAGCCCUGGGACACCAUGUGGGUGGUUCCCCUCUGAUCAGGGACUGAGUUAGCCCUGGGACACCAUGUGGGUGGUUCCCCUCUAAUCAGGGACUGAGUUAGCCCUGGGACACCAUGUGGGCACAAAUCAUUAUUAGGUAGAACAGAAAACCAGCAGGCUCCUCGUAGGGUCAGAGUUGAAUACGUCUGCCCUAGAAUAUAAAGCAGGGUGCCGAACUCAAUUCCUGGAGGGCCGAGUGUCUGCUGCUUUUCACUCCUGCCUUGUACUUUACUGCCCUCCAGGAUUUGAGUUUUUGACAUCCUUGAUAUAGAUAAUCAACAUUUACAUUACACACUAUUAUAGGCCUACAUCUUUUUAUUCCAAGCCAUUUUAAAUGGAUUGUCAGUAAUCAAAAUGGCUUACAUUUCUCCAAUCCUUUUACACAUAGGUCGUGUUCCCCUGCUCAGAUGUUGCAUGCAUCAACCAAUGGUUGCGGGCUAUGUCAUCGACUGUGCUCGGGUACCAGAUUGCUAUAACGUGGUUAGCUGAUACGCAUUGUAUUCUGUAGUGUUAAGAAUUCCCUUCACUGCAACUACGGGGCAUAGCUCAAACCAUGAAAAACAGCCCCAGACCAUUAUUCCUCCACCAAACUUUACAGUCGUCACUCUGUAUUCAGGCAGGUAGCGUUCUCCUGGCAUCCGGCAAACCCAGGUUUGACCUGAGAGAGUCCAUUGGCGGAGAGCUUUAAACCUCUCCAGCCGACGCUCGGCAUCGUGUACUCGGCUACACCUCUCCAGCCGACGCUUGGCAUCGUGUACUCGGCUACACCUCUCCAGCCGACGCUCGGCAUCGUGUACUCGGCUACACCUCUCCAGCCGACGCUCGGCAUCGUGUACUCGGCUACACCUCUCCAGCCGACGCUCGGCAUCGUGUACUCGGCUACACUUCUCCAGCCGACGCUCGGCAUCGUGUACUCGGCUACACCUCUCCAGCCGACGCUCGGCAUCGUGUACUCGGCCAUUGGAACCCAUUUCAUGAAGCUCCCGUCGAACAGUUAUUGUGCUGACGUUGCUUCUAGGGACAGCUUGGAACUCGUUAGCGUUGCAGCCGAGGACAGACGAUUUUCACGCACUUCAACACUCAGGGGUCUCGUUCUGUGAGCUUGUGUGGCCUACCACUUCGUGGCUGAGUCGUUGUUGCUCCGAGACGUUUCCACUUCACAAUAACAGCACAUGCAGCUCUAGCAGAGCAGAAAUUUGAUGAACUGACUUGUUGGAAAAGAGGCAUCCUGUGUGGAAAGUCACUGAGCUCUUCGGUAAAAGCCAUUCUACUGCCAAUGUUAUGUUAUGGAGAUUGCAUGGCAAUUGUGCUCAAUUGUGGCUGAAAUAGCCAAAUCCACUAAUUUGUGUCCAUAUACUUUUGUAUAGCGUACGUAAAAUACCUAUCCAUGCAUGGUAAGAUCUGUUAUGCGUCAGCAACGUCUGAGCCGAGGAACGCAACCAAACAGUAUGAAAAAAGAGUGGCGUGAGCAUGUCAAUCAAUGAGGUUAUUGAUUAGCUGAUAUGCUAGCACCUGGUUGCACUUGCCAGCUGGUAAUUAAAGAUGGCUGCCAAGUGAAGUAGCAAACCUCUCUGCUCAGGUAGAUCGGCCAACACAACACACACCUGAAUACCUGUUAAGCUCGUUACCGUUAACACAGAUGGCUUCUAGAUGUGGGCAGGGACGGGCAGCAGGGUCCCAGAGGAGACGACAGGAGAGCUCAGACCUCCACGACACAUACCUCCUCCAUGGGGAGCCUAGCCCCCCUCUCAGUAACCUGUCUCUCCAUGCCUCCUGGUGGUCUGGCAGGGACGAGCACAGAGAGACGGGGCCCUCCCUUGGGGAGCAACUGGUUGAGAGAAAUCAGCACGUUGCCAGACUACAGGAUGCACUGAGACGCGAGAGAGAGAAGGGUUCCAGCCUGCAGUGUCGGUGUAAUCAGCAGGGGUCAGAGUUGAGGCGUAGAGAGCAGCACAGCGCCAGACUGAAGGAGAGACUAACCCAACUUGCAGAGAGACACAGAGAGAGAGGCGCCUCCAUGGAGCUGUUGAACCCGGUGCCCAGAGGUCAGGUGAAGAGGGACAGACUAGCCAGGACCAACGGAAGGAAGGAGGAGGCAGCACUACGUGUGAUGCUGGAGCGGCGAGAGGCGGAGUUAAGGGAGGCCAUGAAGCUCCGACACAAACUCACCACGCUACUGCACGCGCUCAGAGCAGACAUGGAACGGACCCUAUUGGACACUGUGGGUGACCAGGAAGAGGACCCAGACAGCGCCAAGAUGCUGGUCCAGUCAGAGGAGUCCCUGGGCGAACAUGUGACAGGGGGUGUGUUCCAGGGAUGGAAGCGUGUGCAGAGGAGACUAGGGGACCUCCUGAGUCAGGGUCACGUGGCUGUGGCGACUGACCAGGAUAAGCUCUUGGCCCAGCUAGAGACAGAGUUGGAUCAGAGUCAACAGUUGGUCAAACUGCAGCAGCAUCUACUACAGGACAGUGUGAUCACUCCGGUCCCGGCCGCUCUGACAGACUGCUACUUCCUGGAAGAGUGGGAGCGGCUUCAGGACAGCUGGGCGGAGCUAGAACACCAGAAGCGGAGCUUCCAUAGGGAGAGACGGGCCUUCACCGACGCCGCCAUCCGAUUGGGCCACGAGAGACGUGAGUUUGAGCAGCAGAGGGCCUGUGUGGUGAAGCAGCAGUAUCUGUUUGACUCUCCGUUGGGGAGGACGUUGCAGCGUCACAACAGGAGAGAGAGCACCGUCCUCAAUCUCUCAGAUUCUGAUCACAUGAUCUUGUCCGGCUGCCGGCCGGCCACGCCCUCCUCUGCCGAGUCUGGGAUCAUACCCUGGUUAGAGUCAUCGGGGUCUCUGCAGGUUCAUGGCAAGGUCAAAGUUCACACGCCCAGCACCCCAGAGCUCUACUCUGCCCUCCAACUGCCCUACAGCUGCAGGUCCAGUGAGAGUGAUGCCCAGUCAGAGUGCUGGGAUGUGGGGGCAGAGAGGCUCCUUCGCCCCCCUGGUCCUCACCUGGAUGGGUCAUUUCAGUAGUAUUGCUGUUUUAUAUGUCGUUUCCAUUGUAUGUUUUAUCAUUUUGUCUGUUUCGGUUGUAUGUUGUUCCUUUGUCGUUUCUAUUGUGUUUUAUCAAAUCGUUUUUCAAUGUGAUUAAUAAAGAUUAAUUGUUUGACACGUU